AUGCCUUACAAUACUCGUCGCAAAUCACUUUCCCUCCCCUCUCUAGGCAUCCAUCUCCCCAACUCCUCGCGCCGCUCCCCCUCUAUUUCCAAAGGCUCUGAUGAGUUGCCGCCUUCGAAGAAAGUAAAGCGGUCGCAUCAGUCAUUAUCACCUGAGCCUAGGGAACCCGCUGUGCGCGCUGGUCGGCACGGGGCUCUUGAACACACCCCGCCACCCUCGCCUUUGGAUGCCUGUGUCGCACCCUCGAUCGACACCGAGGGCAUUAAUGAUGAUAUUGUGGUCGCUGUGAUUGAUCAGCUGGAGAAGACGGGGAAUCGCCCCCAUUUGGUGAAGGAAUUGGCCGCUGUUCUCGUGUCUCUGAAUGCGAAUGUCGCCAAUUCUGCAAAUCCCGCGGCUCUUCUUUCCUCUCGACUGGCAGCCUAUAUGAAGCGUCCUUGGACGGCUCUUGCGCGGUGUCCUAUCGCCAAGGAGCUUGUCUUGAUUCAUCCUCGCAAAGUGUACUAUUAUCUGACCACCUUUGCUCGUCAGCCCAUUCCGGAAUCAUCCGACGACUUGAUGUUGGGCGUCGACGGCAAGCACAUUACCCCGAGCGUUUCAAGCCUCGACGAGGAAGACAUGAUUCGGGAGCGGAGCCCUAGUCCCGAAGUCGACCUGUCGUCCCCUGACUUUGAAGGACACGAGGAUGACUUGGACAAUCCUGCCGGUCGGGGAAACUCUAUCGACCAGUUUCCCGACCCUGCUAGCCACACCCGCCUAAUGCACUCAAACCGCGCGGCAUCUCCGCCCCUGGAGGGCGACGAGAAGGAGUUUACCCAGACCGCUAGUGCGGUGCGUGAGCGCGCAUCAGAGGAAAAGGCCCAGUCGGAACGUGCUAUCUCUGUUCUCUCCGAAGGCCUUGCCAGCAUGGAUGAACAUAUGAGCAAUGUCGACUCUCCCGUGAACGACAGCACUGUAUCGCCUGCUGCUCCUAUGACUGAGGAGGAGUACAGUGAUUACUUCUCUCAUAUGAAUCCUGCGGACCAAGAGUCGCAGGAGCUUGAUGAUGUUGCUGCUGCUACCCUCUUUGGAACCUCACCCUCGCCCUCUCUCACCUCGGUUGCAUCGUCUGUCUCGUCUGGCACGAGCGUUAUUGAUGUUGGUGAGGAGCGGACCAUCGCUCUCCCGGCAGCUCCACAGAUUAGUCUUCCGGAUGCCGCUCCUGUGUCAACUCUGAAGAGAUCUCUUGACAUGUUGAAUAGCGGUCUGCCGGACGUUGACCUGAAGAUGUCUGACCUGACCGAGUCCCACGGAAAACUUACUCUGGGUCCCCGUGCUUUUGGCACGAUGAACCACGAGCCUAUCUUCGAUUCCUGGAGGGAGUUGCAGAACCCGGAGUCUGUGGAGGUUGACGAGCUCGAUGAGAUGUUUGGCGAAAUCUAA